ACCUCAUGGCCAAGUUGUAGAAAAAAAAAGUUGAAGUGUGCCUAUCUUGGGGCGGAGCCCCUCCCUUCUGCUCGCCGCGCGCGCGGAGUGGGAGUCCCGGCUACAACCGAGAGGCAGGUCCAAGGAGCUGGGGACCCCCGCCGCCGCAGUGAGCCCACCGCGUGUCUCCCCCGUCGCGUGGCGAUGAGCAGCCCCGAGAGCACGCCGCCUCCCGCGCACCACGAGCCUAACCCAGGGAUGUCCUACAGCGUGAUGGAGAUCGCCAUCAUUGCAGCUGUGAUCACUGCAGUGGCUUUGGUCCUGGUUUGCCUCCUCUUCCUCAUGCUUCGGUACUUGUACAGGCACAAGGGCACCUACCACACCAAUGAGGCCAAAGGCACAGAGUUCGCCGAGAGUGCCGAUGCAGCCCUGCAAAGCGACCCCGCCCUCCAGGACGCCGGGGACAACAGCAAGAAGGAAUACUUCAUCUGAGGGGUAGCAGUCUUCACCUCCCUGCAAGGUGUUUGUGGCUGUCGGAGAGAAAGCACACCCACUAAGUGCCACCACUGUCAGCACUGGGAAGCCCUCAAGGGCACCCCAAAACUCUUACUGCAGAACGCUGGGUGCCUGCCAGGAAACUGAUACAGAUAUGAAGAAUCGAGGUGCAGAACACCUCUUGCAGGGACUCGAUGGCCACCCAGAGGCUGGCAUUGGUUCUACAAGGAAUAGAGAACAUCUGGAUACACAGGUCUCCAUGUACAAUGCAGGUCUCAUCUCACUAGCAUGCAAGUUCUCCUCGGUGAGCAUGAGAUGGUUGGACCUAGGUGAGGAUGAACAGAAGUAUGACAUUUGUAAGCAGAUUGAGGAUAAUGGCAUCAAAUGUCAGUCCUUGACAUUUGGGGAGAACGGCAGGUGCCAGAGUUAAAAGGUACCUUCAUCUCCCAUCAACCCAACACAAAACGUUAACAAAUAAAUUUGAAAUGUAACUGAGCAUUCUUUAUCAAGUGUCUAGGAAACAGUAAAUGCCACCUAUUGGUGGCUUUUCUCUUGUAUAGCAUUGUAUCUAUGUUCAUGGGGCAAAAAUUGUCCAGUUCUGGCAAGAAAACAGGAGGAAGAAUGACCUUUUCCCCUCACUGGUACCAGCUAUAUAAAACAAAUGGAAGGAUGAAGCUCAGUAACCGGGCCACUGGCUGAAACACUGAUUUCUUGAUAAAUAGUAUUUCAAGAUGAGAGCUGUGUUCAACAACCACGAGUGAACUCCAUCAGCCCUGGGUUUGGGUCCUAGCUCCUCUGUACCGGUCUUGGGACCUUAAGCCAUGAAGUUGACUUCUCUGCCCUUAAUGUUGGCAUUUUGUUGGCAUUUUUCAAGUGGAACUGUUGCUAAUUGUAUUACCCCUGCUUCCUAACUCCCAGCUUUGUGGGCAGGAACAGAAGAAUCAGAUACCAGGCAAUCACUGUGUUCCUGUGUCAUUAACUCACUAGAUUCAUGGCUUGCCUGUGUGGGCUAAUGAGAAUUCAUCAUCGCCCCACCUCUAAACGUCCUGAGAAGCCACCAAUUUAAAAUGAACAACAGGGAGAAAAUGAACCAAUUAACCAACCCCGUCCAGGUGAGAUUGCCAGUGCCCUAUAAUCACUCUGAGACCAGUGUGGCUGAGUUUAAAGACUGUCCCCUACUACACCCAGGUCCUCUCAGGAGUCUCUUCAGCUGUGCUAUCUCCACUUGGACUCCAUCAAAAAAGACCCGUGUCAUGUCAUGUUCCCUGGGAAGCUAACGAGGAUAUAAGCUUAGUCGAAUAUGGCCACCAGCCAAAAGAGCUGAAAGGCCCAGGAAUGCUGUGGGGAAGAGAAGCAGGGAUUGGCCAAGUGCCAGAUGUCCCCAGAUUGGUGGAUGUCUGUGUUCUCAUCUAUGAAGUAAAAGACUGGCUACCGAUGUUACCCAUUGAUCUAGAGACCUGGUCUAAACCCCUAGUGAAUGCUUGAAACCAAAGGCAGUAUUAAACCCCUUGUAUCUGGCUUUUCUGCACACACUUAUGUUAAGAUUUAAUAUAUAAAUUAGGCACAAUAAGAAAUUAGCUGCAAUAACUCACAGUAAAAUGAUAUAAUUAUAACCAUAAGCUGGAAUAAAAGAUUCUUGAAA